AUGACAAAAAAUGAGCAGAACUUUUUGAAUUUUGGCAGGCGUAUUGUGGUGGACCAUGGCGAAUUAAAGGGCGCGACCUUCACGGCGCGAAACGAGAUUAUCGGAAGCGGGCCAUUCGACGUCCAGCAGUUUCUUAUCCAAAACCUCCUUUCGCAAGGUUAUUCAAUGACUGACACUAAAACAAAGGGAAGUAUCAGUCUGAAAGGCUCAGCGCAGUUGGUGCAGGAAUUUUUCCACUACGGCAUCAACAGCAUACUUUACCAAAGAGGAUUAUAUCCGGGUGACACAUUCAAGAGAGAGAAGAAGUACGGUUUGACACUACUAGUCACGAAUGAUAACAAACUGCAGCAGUUUUUGGAGCCGCUCCUGAAACAAGUGGAAUUUUGGCUGAGCAAACGAAAAUUGAAGCGUCUGGUUGUGGUUAUAUCCGAAAUAAAAACGAAGGAAGUUAUGGAGCGAUGGCAGUUUGAUAUUCAUACCGAAGAAAUGAAUGAAGAAGGUGAAAAUUCGACCAGGCAAAAGGACGAGAAGAAAAUCAAACAAGAGAUGUCUGAUGUGAUCAGGCAGAUCACUGCGUCUGUAACAUUUCUGCCUCUGCUUGAAGAACCAUGCUCUUUCGAUGUGCUGAUUUACACCGGAAAAGAGACAGAAACGCCAGCCGACUGGGUCGAAAGUAGUGCAUGUCUUAUAAAGAACAGUGAACAGGUCCAGCUUCGAUCAUUCUCCACAGCGGUUCACACUGUUAACACCAAUGUCCAAUAUAAAGCAGACCUAUAG